CCCUAAACUUGGGCCGCUCACCGAGAUCGGGAGAAUCCACCCCACCGAGUGGAGCAAAGGGGAGAUGAGCGCGGCGGCGGGCGGGCUGCGGCAGCUGCUGACGGCGGCGGUGACGGCGGGGGCGGCGGAGGCGCGCGCCGCGGUGUUCGGGCACGCCGUGAACCCGACGGGGAAGCGCGCGGCGACCAAGCUGCUGCGGAAGAAGCUCGUCGGCGAGCAGCUCGCGCAGUGGUACCCCUACGACAUCAAGCGCGACGACCCCAUCGUCAUGGCGCGCGAGGAGAAAGAGCGUCUUUCCAAGCUUGAAAUGCUCAAGCGUCGUGGGAAGGGUCCGCCAAAGAAGGGACAAGGAAGGCGUGCGGUCAAGAGAAGCAAAUAGUCGCCUCACUUCUGUUUCAUUUUACUACUGAUUUGGCAAGAAAUGCUGAAAUGUAUUAUGCAUUGCUACCAGUUACAUUCUAUGUUAGGUCAAUCAUGCUUUGUUUUGUUACUGACUCUGGCAAAUAUUCUGCUGAACUACUAAAAUGUUUUGUUUCUCCUCGUCUAAACACUCGUUUGUGUGUUUCUGCUACUUGAAA